AUGGCGCUUCGUAAACAGAACUUGGGCGAACUGCUAGCCAAGUAUUCGGAAGCUGCCAAAGAGACAUCGGACAACAGGUCUCCAUUCAAGAAACCGAGCUUGCCCUCUAAAUCUGCAAAGACGGUGCGCCCUGUAACGCAAGCACCAGCAAACUCUGCCGCAGCGCAGCGUACUGGAGCUUCACGACAAAGUCAUGGCUCUUCUGAUAAGGAAAAUGCCGGAUACCCUGAUCUUUCAAAUCAUCCCCUCACAAAUCCAAAGCAGCGGGGCAGGCCAACCCUGCCAGCUUCUUCAUCCCGCAAUGUAUCCCAACGCACAGAGUCUAACAUCCUAUCACCAAAGUCCUCGAAUUCCAGGACCUUUCCGCAAUCACCUUUGAAGAUGUCACCUACCAAGACACAGCAGCAAGAACCCUAUCAUAUCCGUGCCUUCUCCCCCGUCAAGCACACAAGCCCUACAAAACACAUGAAUUAUGCUACUACUCCCGCUACCCCUAAGCUUAGGACCAUGAGGGGUGCAGCCGGGGUUCGCCGAGUAACCCCGCCCGACAACAGCUCUGACUCUGUACCUGGAAGGGUCAUCAGGCCAAAGAAGGCCAUGUCUGUCAAAUCGGCGCCAGCUGGCACAAGAAAGCCCCCCGCAAGGACAGCUACACGCCAAACCAACCGGCAAGUCAGUACCAGCACCACAUCAUCAAAUGCCUCUGCAGCAACUUCUGGAACAACAAUUGUACGCUCGGCGAGAACUGCCGCUACCAAGAAGGCUGAGGCUUCUAGCGCGUCAUCAAAGAAACCGCCGACUUCUAGAAGCCGGGCUGCCACCACGGCUACUUCAGCAACUGCUUCAACUGCCCGAAAAAUGACUGUUGCUGCUGCUAGAAAGGGCCAAGGAGUUGAACAGCCCGCUCCUGGGAGGAGAGUCCUUCGAAGCAGGGUCUAG